GUCUGAGGAAACUUUGACCACUUCAGUUGUUAGCUUAGUAGCGGAGACGCACAUCUCCGUUUACUGUUUACUUACUCCUCAUUUAUUCAACUAGCCUUUUACAGAGAUGUGGUUUAUUUAUUUACUGAGCUGGUUGUCGCUGGUUGUGCAGAUAUGUUUCAUUACUCUCGCUAUUGCUGCGGGCCUGUAUUAUUUGGCGGAGUUAAUAGAGGAGUACACCGUUGCCACCAGUCGCAUUAUAAAAUAUAUGAUAAUGUUUUCCACAGCCGUGCUGGUGGGGCUCUACCUGUUUGAAGGUUUCCCCAUGCUCAUGAUUGGAGUGGGUCUCUUCACAAACCUGGUUUACUUUGGUCUGCUGCAGACGUUUCCCUACAUUAUGCUCACCUCGCCAAACUUUAUCCUUUCAUGUGUACUGGUUGUGUUAAACCACUAUAUGGCCUUCCAGUAUUUUGCAGAGGAGUAUUAUCCUUUCUCUGAGGUUCUAGCAUACUUCAUAAUGUGUCUGUGGGUGAUUCCAUUCUCUUUCUUCGUUUCUCUUUCUGCUGGGGAGAAUGUCCUCCCAUCCACUAUACAGCAGGGAGAUGACGUGGUGUCAAAUUACUUCACUAAAGGCAAGCGGGGCAAGCGCUCCGGCAUCCUGCUCGUUUUCUCUUUCUUGAAGGAGGCUGUUUUGCCAAGCCGACAAAAGAUGUACUGAAGAAUCAGUUAAAGUUGAAUACAGAAUCGACUGGGGUUUUUUUUUAACGGGUGCUGGGAUGGGGUUAUUCUGAGCACCGGCCCCUUAAAAUGGACAGCGUCUUUUUUGUGGGAGGGUUUCAUUUGGAAUGAUGUUCAUAGAAUGAAGAGAUUGAAUCUGUAGCUGAGCGAGUGGACCACAUCUGAACAAACGCACAUACAAACUCCUGGAAUGAACAGUUGAUUCAAAUGAGAGUCGCCAGCUAAUACUUUUUAGGUGUCCCAAACCAUGAAAGGACUUCUCAAGUCUUUAAUUUUUAAAGGCUUCAAUCGUUUGACAAAUGAUGUCUGUUUGUGGAUGAUGUUGGAAGUAGCUUUGGCUUUGCUAGAUUCUUGACAGCAGUACUGUCAAAGAAGGCUCAUGAUGAUUUUCUUCUAAUUGCAUCACUUCAGAAGCCAAUGUUUGUGUCUGCUCAUCAAUUAAUAAAUGUCUGAUUUUAUUUAAAGCAAUACUUUACCCCAAAUCCAAUGUGACUUUUUUGUUCUUUUUUGUUUGUCCAGUGUAGGAACAUCAUACAAUACACUACAAGUAUUUGCUUGGAGCUAAGACCUUAAUUUUUAAUUAACUGUGUAAAGUCUUUGCUGAAACUUUUCUUUUGGAGGGAAAAACAUCUUUUUGGUUUAUGUCCAUUCUGCAAUGUCUUGAGCUUUUAUAAAUCCAUUUUAUAUCAGCUGGUGGUUUGACAAGUUAAAGAAGACAAAAAAAUAAAUAAAUAGAUUGGUUGGUAAAAUAUUGCUUUGAAUACUAUAAUGCAAUUAUGAGAGCCAUAGUGUUGGUCAUGCUUUAUGUACUGUACAAAAUGAUAAUAAAAUCCAGUUGUAUGAGUUUUUAGAAAGGUAAACACUGUCAUGUACAAAUAAGGAUAUAAGUGUGUGGCAAAAAAAAAAAUAAAAAUCUCACAUUGUGA